AUGAGUCAUAAACAUGAUGAAGAAGAAGACAUAAGCGCUGAGGUCCGUGAACAAGAGCACUUCUUGGUCCCACCAGAGCAUGAACUGUCAACUCAACAAGGCCAAUAUGGGGAAGGACAGUCUACUCUGAAGCCUGAACCAGAGAAACAGAAGAGUAGUGCGGAGACUGCAGAGUCUGUAGGCGCAAUGUUUUGGCAUCUCUUAACAGUUUUUGCAGCAACGGCUCUUCACUUCAGUGCCACUGGUGAAGCUUCUGAAUGUUUGACCGAUGGUUUUCCAUUAGUGAGAAAUGUUAGCAAGCUUCCACAAGGUAGCUUCGGGAUUCCCGGUUUGUCUCACAGCACCCUUGCGGGUUCAGUCUUGCAUGGCAUGAAAGAGGUUGAGGUAUGGCUGCAAACAUUGGCUCCGGGAGCUCGCACCCCAAUCCAUAGACACUCAUGUGAGGAGGCAUUCCUGGUCCUAAAGGGGAGUGGCACUCUCUAUCUUACGACAAAUAUGCACCCCGAAUUCCCUGGGAAUCCACAUGAGUUCCGUAUCUUCUCAAAUAGCACAUUCCUUGUCCCUAUUGAUGAUGUUCAUCAGGUCUGGAACACAAAUGAGCAGGAGGAUUUACAAAUUUUGGUUAUUAUAUCUCGUCCACCUGUGAAAGUGUUCACAUAUGAUGACUGGUUUAUGCCACAUACAGCUGCCAAACUACUCUUCCCUAUCUUCUGGGAUGCAGUGUGUUUCCAGACGCCUUUGGAAAGAGACGAGCUUUAA